CUGUCUUCCGUGAGGCACGCCGGGAUAGGAGGGAAGCGUCUGGCGCGGGGCACGCCGGGAUCGAGCGGGCUGUGUCCGGGGGGGCCCCCGCUUAGGGCUGUCGCUGGCUCGCUCGGUGUUUCUGGCGGCGGCCGUUGGGCUCCUGGACGCAGCGGCGGAGGCGGCUCCUACCCGGCGGGAUGGCGGACGCGGCGGCCUCCCCCGUGGGGAAGCGACUCCUGCUGUUGCUGGUGGCGGGUCCGGGCGAGAGUGAGGCGGUGGGGCCGGAGCCUGGGCCUGCGCUACCCUCCCGGGCCUGGCGGAGCGGAACCGUGCGGGCCAUGAGUGGGGCCGUGCCCCAGGACUUGGCGAUAUUUGUGGAAUUUGAUCGAUGCAACUGGAAGCAGCAUGCUUGGGUAAAGGUUCAUGCAGAAGAAGUGAUAGUAUUGAUGCUAGAAGGGUCACUAGUUUGGGUUCCUCGAAGUGACCCCGUUCUGCUUCAAGGAACUAGAAUUUCAGUUGCGCAUUGGCCUGCACUGACUUUCACACCUUUGGUAGAUAAGCUGGGUUUGGGUCCUGUGGUUCCAGUAGAAUUUCUAGUGGACCGAGACUUGAGAUUCUUGUCUGAUGCCAGUGGACUACGUCAUUUCCAGAUGGCAACAGAAAGUCAGAACCAGAUUCUCCAAGAACAGCCUAUAUUGAGGGAAGCUGUCAAUGCAUUAAUCAGUGAACAGAAGCUUCAGGACAUAUUUAGCAGAGGUCCUUACAAUAUCCAGGGUCAAAGAGUGAAGGUGUACCAGCCAGAAGAGGAGAACAGUUGGGUUUCUGCCGUUGUGAGCUGUCAAGAUCCCAUUUCCCGUCUGAUGGAGGUGGUUUUGAAUGAGACUGGUGAGAUCAAGUCUGUGGACCCCCGAUUGAUUCACGUAGUGAUGGACAGUUCUUUGAAUGAGGGAGGGGCUCUAAAGCCAGGCAAAUCCUCAAAAGGGAAAAAGAAGAAAGAAAAUAUGGAAGGGAAAGAUGGACGGAGGAGGAAAAAUGCUUCCGAUGCUGGUUGUGAUCAUGCAAUGAAGAAACUAAAGGAGCGGGGUGAAGCGGAUAGUAAUGGGAGUGAUGGAGGUGAAAUGAACAGGGGAGCUUGGAAAGGCAACAUUAGUGGUGAUUCAGUUCUGGAUCCAAGGGCCAAGCAGCUGCCUCAGUUUGUUCCUCAAAUUAACCGUAAUAUUCGUUUUGCCACAUACACCAAGGAGAAUGGCCGAACUCUUGUGGUGCAAGAUGAACCAGCAAGUGGUGAUACUCAGAUGCCCUUCACUCCUUUUUCUUCAGCUGCUGCCCAAGUGCUUCUGAGUGGUGCUGGAAGUCAAGAAGCAGCAAAAUCCUUAGAGCAGACCUGCCAAGGCCUGGUGGCUGCCCCAGCAGUAAUUACCACAGCUGGACUGACACCAACUACUGUACGAAUCUCUGAUACUAGCCUGUCAGCUGUCACUGGACAAGAAAAACAGAAAGAGGGUCAUUUGCAGAGCCAAGGAGAAAAUUCCCGAAAUUCAAUGUUGGCUUCUCCGGGAUUUGGAGUGGCACACUCCAGCGCUUCCCAACCUUUGGUGUUUGACAGUGGACGAAACCAAUCCAAUGGAGUACUGACUCCAGAAAAGAAGCCUGCUGGAUUUCCAUUUGGUAGCAGCACUACCAAUGAAACUGAAAAAGACUCUGAUUUGUCAAAGAACUUGUUUUUUCAAUGCAUGUCUCAGAAUAUUCCUUCCUUCCAGCAACUAUCACUUCAUCACUGCCUUUGUCAGGAAAACCUAGCUGCUGAAGGAGCCCUCCGCUUUGUGUCAGUGACCUCAUUACAAAAUGUCCAGGAGUAGCCUGGAGGCUUAGGUUCUGCAAGCAAAGUUCUUGCAGGAGAACCUAAAUCUGGGACUCAGCCAAGCAGUUCUGUGGACCGGAAGCUGCCAGGGGAAUCUAUGCCCACGCUUACUCCAGCUUUUCCAAGAAACCUCUUGAGUACUCGACCUCCGGAUAAUCAUGAAAAUCUUUUUUUGCAGCCCCCAAAACUGUCACGAGAAGAACCCUCAAACCCUUUCUUGGCAUUUGCAGAAAAAUCAGAACUCGGUCCUUUCAGUGGCUUUGCAUCUUCAUCGCAGCCAGGAGCAUCUACUACUACUUCUUCAGGUCUUGGUUCCAAGGCAGCUUCUGGCUGGCCCGAUUUGCACACCUCAGCGGACUCUGUAGCUAAAAAGAAAAGCCUGUUUAUAACGACUGAUUCCUCCAAGAUAAUGCCUAGUGGUCCUAGUUCUACCCUCUUUGCUAGUGUGCAGAGCUCGUCUGCUCUGGGGAAUGGCCGUUCCAGCUCUCCUAUCAGUAGCCUGACACAACCCAUUGAAAUGCCCACACUCUCCUCCAGUCCAACAGAAGAAAAACCAUCUGUUGGGCCGGGCCAGCAGGACAAUCCUCUUCUGAAAACUUUCUCUAAUGUGUUUGGCAGACAUCCAGCUGGCUUUUUCUCUUCACAGGCAGAGUUAUCACUGGAAAACAAAUCCCCUUUUGAAACUGUGAAAAGGUUUGCUCUAGAUGAACGGAGCAUGCCCUCUAAGCAGGAUUCUGAUUCUAGCACCAAUAGUGACCUGUCAGAUAUGAGUGAUUCUGAGGAGCAGCUGCACACCAGAACUUGUCUGAAGGGAAUCCCAGAACAUCUGAUGGGGAAACUGGGUCCCAAUGGCGAGCGGAAUGCUGAACUACUAAUGGGCAAAGGGAAAGGGAAGCAAACUCUGAAGAGCAGACCUCGCACAGCCCCCCAGAAAGUUGGCCAGUCUAUACUGAAAGAUGUGAGUAAGGCGAGGAAGUUGAAGCAGCUCGGAGAACCAUUCCUCCUCCAAGAUGGCUCAAGUGCAUCAAUGUUGCCCCUCAUCUCGCACAAGUGUCGAGGUGCCGCACUAUAUAAUAUUGGAGACAUGGUCCAUGCAGCACGUGGGAAAUGGGGAAUUAAAGCGAACUGUCCAUGUAUUAACCGGCAAAACAAAUCUGUAUUGCGACCUGCUGUCACUAAUGGAAUUUCACAGCAGCUACCCAGUAUUAACCCUGGUGCAUCAGCUUCUGGAACUGAAAGCACAUUCUCUGGUGGGACGGGGACAGCAGAGGGAGGGCAGCCAGAAACAAAUGAAGUUCCUAAGCCCGAAUCUACGGAAGGCAAAACUGUUGAGCCUGCAAAGUCGGAAGCUCCAGCAACCAGCAGCACUAGUGAAACAAAACCUAACAAAUUACUGUGUCCAGAAACAACUCCCUCUUCAGCAUUGCACUGGCUUGCAGAUUUAGCAACACAAAAGGCAAAAGAGGAAACAAAAGAUGCAGGAUCACUAAGGUCAGUGCUCAAUAAAGAAUCUCAGUCACCUUUUGGAUUGGAUUCCUUCAACUCCAGUGCAAAGGCCUCCCCUCUAACUCCAAAGCUUUUUAACAGUCUCUUGCUGGGUCCAAUUGCCUCAAGCAACAAAACAGAAGGUUCUAGUCUUCGUGAUUUACUUAAUUCUGGUCCUGGAAAGCUGCCUCAGACACCUCUCGAUACAGGGAUCCCCUUUCCUCCUGUAUUUUCUGGUGCUUCCACAGCUACCAAGAGCAAAGCCAGUUUGCCCAACUUCCUUGAUCAUAUCAUUGCUUCAGUGGUGGAAAACAAGAAGGUGUCUGAUGCUACUAAACGAACAAGCAAUUUGCCUGACACUCAGAAGGAAGUGAAAGAAAUGGUAAUGGGAUUAAAUGUCCUGGACCCACACACUUCACAUUCUUGGCUCUGCGACGGAAGGCUCCUGUGUCUUCAUGACCCCAGCAACAAAAACAACUGGAAGAUCUUCAGGGAAUGCUGGAAGCAGGGCCAGCCUGUUUUGGUUUCUGGUGUCCACAAGAAGCUGAAGCCUGAACUCUGGAAACCGGAAGCAUUUAGUCAAGAAUUUGGAGAUCAAGAUGUAGAUCUGGUUAAUUGUAGGAAUUGUGCUAUAAUCUCAGAUGUAAAAGUGCGAGACUUCUGGGAUGGCUUUGAACUUAUUUCUAAGCGCCUGAGAGCAGAUGAUGGACACCCAAUGGUACUGAAAUUAAAGGACUGGCCUCCAGGGGAAGAUUUCAGAGACAUGAUGCCCACAAGGUUUGAGGACUUGAUGGAGAAUCUCCCUCUCCCAGAAUACACUAAGAGGGAUGGAAGACUCAAUCUGGCAUCUAGGUUGCCGAGCUACUUUGUACGACCUGAUUUGGGUCCCAAAAUGUAUAAUGCCUAUGGGCUAAUAACUGCAGAAGACAGAAGAGUUGGUACAACUAAUCUUCAUCUAGAUGUAUCCGAUGCAGUUAAUGUCAUGGUAUAUGUUGGAAUCCCCAUUGGAGAAGGUGCACACGAUGAUGAAGUGCUAAGAACCAUUGAUGAGGGAGAUGCAGAUGAUGUUACAAAACAGCGAAUUCAUGAAGCGAAAGAGAAGCCUGGGGCACUCUGGCACAUCUAUGCUGCUAAGGAUGCUGAGAAGAUCAGGGAGCUUCUUCGGAAGGUUGGAGAAGAACAAGGGCAAGAAAAUCCUCCUGAUCAUGACCCAAUCCACGACCAAAGCUGGUAUCUAGAUCAGAACUUACGUAAGCGUUUAUAUGAGGAGUAUGGAGUACAAGGCUGGGCAAUAGUACAGUUCCUGGGAGAUGCUGUAUUUAUUCCUGCAGGUGCCCCUCAUCAGGUUCAUAAUUUGUAUAGCUGCAUCAAAGUAGCAGAAGACUUUGUAUCUCCAGAACAUGUGAAACACUGCUUCCGUCUGACUCAGGAGUUCAGGCACCUGUCCAACACUCACACAAACCAUGAGGAUAAACUGCAAGUGAAGAAUAUUAUUUACCAUGCGGUGAAAGAUGCUGUUGGCACACUGAAAGCUCACGAAUCCAAACUGGCUAGGUCUUAGGAACUGGUGAUUCCAAACCCACCCACCCGCCUCUGGAGUCAUAUUUGCUCUCAGUAUAGAAUGGGAGUGCACAUGCUUCCCUUGGUAAGAGCCAGAGAGCUCUCGUAAAGAGAUGCCAGGGUGCUCAUAUUGCACUCGCCAGCCACUGUCUUCUACGCUGCCUCAAUACUGAAAAUCUAAUGAAAGGUCACUGUAACAUAGAAUUACCAAUUAAUGAAAAGUGCUGUGUCCCUUUCCUGUGGCCUUUUGCAAAUUGAAAUUGCAUGGAAACCAUGAGGUGUUCCUGCAUAUUACAAUUACAAAGUGUGAACCUUUUUCAUGCCUAGUUAGUCUUUCCAAGAAGUUAGGAAGAAUGUUGUGAAGACGGACAUCCAAUUGCAGACUUAAGUAGCUAGCUCUGAAUGAGUGUGACUGCCAGGAAGCCCUGCUAAAGAAAUGUGCACAUUAGUCCUCCUGAGUCAGAUACAGGCCAAGGGAGGAAAAAAAAGAUAAACUAGUCUUUAUUCCCUCCUUUAACAGUUCUUGAUACACUGUAGAAAUUCAGAAACACAGAGAGAAACCACUGUUUUUCCCAGGUGGCUCCAGGAUUUAAAAUUGUGUAUUUAGUAAAAAACUAGGUUUGUAGUGAAACAGUAUUUCAUGAAAGUAGAUAUUUUUAGAAUUUGAAAUACCACAACUGUUCCUGGAUUACAAGGAAAGGCACAUUGCAUUAGUCUUCCUUUCAAUUAAAUAUUUCAAUAAGUGAUUCUAAGACAUAAAUCCAGAAUAGCACAAUUGGCCAGAGGAGAGCUAAGAGAAAUCAACUCCCAAUUCCAGUUUCCACAAAUGUAAAAGAAAGAAAAAAAAAGGGGGGGGGAGAGAGAGAGAAUUCUUAUAUUCUGGAGAUGUUGUGCAUCUCUCCCUAAACUGGUAAACCAGACAGUAGUUCACCAGUUACCACAUCUAGCUUGGGGCUUCUACUUCCCAGAACUAAUUUUCAAUAUCAGCUUUGUCCAGAAAUAUUUUCAGUAAAAUGUUCCUGCUUGAUAGAGUUGUAUUCUGAAUUGUCACCAUUGAACUGAUGGAUUCCAUUGUUUGACUGUACAUUGGGAUUAUAUCUACCUUCUAUCCAGCUGUACUGUAGUGCCACCUGCCGGCCUGUUAAUAUGUUCACGGUUAUUUCAUUUUUUAAAAAAUAAAAGUCAUUUACUGUA